AUGGUUCGCUGUUCGAACCGUUCCUUCUUCUCCACCGUCAAAACAAGGCCUAGACUGUGCCUCUUGAACACCGGCGAAGUGUCCCGACUGAGCUUCUUACAGAUAUUGUUGAGCACGCUUAACCUGACGGCGGAUGAAGCAGCUAACCGCACUAAGAAAUAUGCCAGGAAAGCAAGCAUAUCUGGGUUCGGAACUAUGUAUUCUCUACUUCAGUGCACGCAGGACCUAUCAUCCCAAGAUUGCAGAACUUGUCAGAGUGCUGUGAUUGGGGACCUUUCAACAUGGCGCUGUUUGGGAAAACAAGGAGGAAGAGUUUUAUAUCCCAGUUGCAACGUUCGCUAUGAAUUAUAUCCUUUUUAUAAGUCUGAUGAUCAGCCAGAAGCGACGGCGCCUACACCCCCUGCACUUUCUCCUCCAACAAUUGGAAAUGAAAGCAAUGAUUUAGAGCCUCUACAAUUUAGUUUGGCCACUAUUGAAGCUGCAACAAAUAAGUUUUCGCAUGAAAAAUGUUUAGGCCAAGGUGGAUUUAGACAAGUUUACAAGGUAACAAGCGUCUACGGCGCCUUCCUCUGCCGUGGAGAUCUCACCCCCGACGCCUGCGAUGACUGCGCUUCCAUAGCAGCCAAACAAAUACUCCGAAGGUGUCCAUUGGAUAAAAAGUCAGUGAUCUGGUUCAACGAGUGUAUGUUACGUUACUCAGAUGAGCCUUUCUUCUCCAUCAGUGAAGAAGCCCCCAGGCUUAUUUUGAUGAAUACUGCGGCAAGCUUAAACCAGAGUAGCUUCAUGUCGCUGUUGGCUGAGACUAUCAACGCGGCGAAGACGGAAGCGGUGAAGGCCGGAGCCGACAAGAAAAACUACCUGCGAAACAUGCUUAAAACGAGCAAGUUCGACCUUACCCAGUAUCCUGCAAACUAG